AAAGGCGAAAUUAUGAGAAGCCAAGCGGAAGCCCGGGACCACGAACAGCGGGGUGCGACGAGGAAGAAAAGUAAACGAAAUUUUGUUCCCAACCUCCCCGCUCCCCCUUUUUUCCUCAAAGAGAAGGAGAGAAAAAGGGGGAAGGAGAAGUAGAAAUAGAGAGAAAAGGCAAGGCAAAGUAUAGCAUAGCGUAGCGUGGCCUCCGGGGUGGAGUAGUAGUGAUCGAUCGAUCGGUCGAUCGAUCCGUGGGAUUAACCGGGGAGUGAAUUGAAUGAUCGGGGGAUGGAGAAGCAAAUAUUCCACCCCUGCUGUUCCUCAGCCACCAACAGCGGCAGCAGCACCAGGAAAAGGUCCGAGUUCCUAAACAUCAUCAAGAGUGCUGCAUGUCUUCAUUCAUCAUCAGCUGAUACUGGGAAAGGGCGGAGCAAGAUGUCAAGUAACAAAGUGACACAUGGUUUCAACUUGGUUGAAGGGAAAUCAGGUCAUGAGAUGGAAGAUUAUCAUGUGGCAGAGUAUAGAUGUGAAAAUGGUCAUGAGCUUGGCCUAUUUGCUAUUUUCGAUGGCCAUUUGGGGGAUGGUGUUCCGAGUUAUUUAAAACAUAACCUCUUCAACAACAUACUUAGAGAGCCUGUCUUUUGGAGGGACCCUGAAGCUGCAAUAAAACAUGCCUACUGCUCCACAAACAAGUAUAUUCUUGAAAACUCAACGAAACUGGGACCUGGGGGUUCCACAGCAGUUACAGCAAUUGUUAUUGAUGGCAAAGACUUGUGGAUUGCAAACAUAGGUGACUCCAGAGCUGUCUUGUGUGAAAGAGGUGCUGCUAAUCAACUCACUGUUGACCAUGAACCAGAUGUUGAACGAAAAAGGAUUGAACAGCAAGGUGGUUUCGUAACAAUUUUUCCUGGUGAUGUUCCUCGUGUUAAUGGCCAACUUGCAGUUGCACGUGCAUUUGGUGACCAAAGUCUCAAGGCACAUUUAAGUUCAGAACCUGAUGUAAGACAUGUGCCAAUUGAUCCGACUAUAGAGUUUGUCAUACUCGCAAGUGAUGGAUUAUGGAAGGUAAUGAAAAAUCAAGAGGCCAUUGACUGCGUGCGAUCCAUCAAGGAUCCACAAGCUGCAGCAAAGCGUUUGACGGGAGAGGCGCUGGCAAGGAAAAGCAAAGAUGACAUCUCUUGUAUCGUUAUUCGUUUCAGAUGCUGAAGCUCCACCAUGUCAUCAUUCUCAGGUCUCCAACAGAUAAUUAGGAAGGAAAAAAAUAAUGUUUUUUGGUGUCAUAUAGUGAUAGGAAAACUUCUGUUUAAUUUUAUUUGCCUUUUAGAAUACUGUGUUGGUGGAUUGCACGCUGUUCAGCUGUUUGGUAAAGUUUUAGUUGAGACUGUAUAAGUUGUAAAGUAGGCUCACCGGUCAUUUCCGGUAAUCGUAGCUGCAAGUAUAAUAGGAACCUUCUGAGCCUUGGAUGCGUGGUAGUCGUGUUACAUUUGUGUAUAUAUAGAUAUGCAUGCCAAUAUAUGUUUUAAUGUUACCAGUGUUCUUGUA